AGGCGUAGCGGUUUUAAGACGUUACCGCUGAGCGGAGGGGAGUAACGUUUCAGCUCAGAAAAUACGACACCGAAUAUGCAAAAACAAGGGGUGUAACUUUUCCGAUAUCGUCAACUGGAUCCGAAUAUGUCAUGUAUAUAGUUCUUACACGUUCCGUUUAAGAGGUAUUAACGAGAGAAGUCGGAAUCUUUCAUAUAACGCUAACUACGUCUCAUGUUGGGUAGAUAGCUAACGUUAGUAAUACUGGUGUUUUAAAGAUGAAGUUGUCUUCUAUUGUCGUAACAUUGAUAUUAACGGUGGGUGUUUCUUAUUACGUCUAUACACCGUUACCUGCUGCCAUCGAGGAGCCUUUGAAACUGAUGCUGCUGGACGCCUUAUUCCGUGCUAUGAUGCAAGUGGGUGACCUGUGUCAGUGUCUGGGUCUCAGUCACCACAUCACAGUGAUUCGGGGGACCAUAUCGGGGCUGGAGUCCCUGGGGGAGAUGGUGGGAGGGCAGAGAGGCGGGGUGAGGGUGAGUGACGUGGACUUUGACAGAGUCCCGGUGCGUGUGUACGAGCCCCCGGCCGCAGGGGGAGGAGAGGGGGGUCUGAGGAGGGCUGUGAUGUUCUACCAUGGAGGAGGAUGGGCCCUGGGGGCCACCAAGAUGGGGAGCUAUGAUGUCUUGUGUAGGCAGAUGUCUGAUGAGCUGAAUGCAGUGGUUGUGUCUGUUGAGUACCGUCUGGCUCCAGAAGUGCAUUUCCCUGUGCAGUAUGAGGACUGUCUGGCUGCGGCCAAGCACUUCCUGGAGCCAGGCAUUCUGGGAAAGUUGUCUGUGGAUCCACAGCGUGUGGCCGUGUCAGGCGACAGCGCUGGAGGAAACCUGGCUGCAGCGGUCGCACAGCAGAUCUCGGUAGAUGACAGUGUGAGUGUGAAGUUCAGUGUUCAGGCGUUAAUCUACCCAGUCCUCCAGGGUCUAGACCUCAACACUCCAUCCCACCAACAGAACCACAACAUACCCAUCCUACACCGCUUUAUGAUGGCCAGGUUCUGGCUGCUCUACCUGGGGGUUGAUACCUCUCUCCAUCCCCUCCUCUUGUCCCCCUCCUUCCUCCAUCAUCCCUCCAUCCCUCCCUCCGUCCGCUCCCAUCUCAACUGGACCACCCUUCUGCCGGCCAAACACAUUAAGCAUUACAGGCCUGUUGGCAUGGAGACGGGGUCACAGGAGGUCACGGGGCAGGAGGGUGAUCUUCUCCCGGGGUUGCUGGAUGUCCGAGCGGCGCCGCUGCUGGCGAAACAGGGGGUUCUGGGUAGAACGCCGCGAGCCUACAUCCUAACGUGUGAGUACGAUGUGCUCAGAGACGAUGGGUUGAUGUACACCAGGAGGCUACAGGACGCGGGCGUCACGGUUUCCAGCCAGCACUAUGACGACGGUUUCCACGGCGCCUUGAGUUUUGCGCACUGGCCGUUUUUCUUUGAUGUGGGGAAAAGAAUGAUCAGAGGAUACAUGGACUGGCUGCAGGAAAACCUCUAGUGUGUGUGUGUGUGUGUGUGUGUGUGUGUGUGUGUGUGUGUGUGUGUGUGUGUGUGUGUGUGUGUGUGUGUGUCUAUGCAACUGCAAACCCAAAGCCAUCUGGCAGUCAGAAUUUCAGACCAAUGUUCAGGUUAGACAAGCAGAUGUUUUAAGGCUUUUAAACUGGGUUCAACCUGAUUGUUGACCUGGGAUAGAAUGUCUCUCUUACUGGGUUAAACUGGAUCAAACUGGGUUGGACUGGUGUUUUUUUCCUUGAUUUGUAGCUGUUUGCACUCUGGGGUGUGUGUGUGUGUGUGUGUGUAGCAAUAUGUUUGGUUCCGUUAAACACACACGUCAUCCUAUCCCAGCUCUGCUCACCUGACCUGAACAAUACAUAUGCUGUGUUUUAAACGUGCAGUCUGUUAUCUGUCUGUCAAACUACUACACUAAAAUAAACGUCCAUCUAAGCCAA